AUGUCCUCCGUCGCCGGUCCCGUUCCCAUGUUUGGCGAGCGAACGUGGGAUUUCAGACCCGCCGUCCCGUCACCUCUUUCUUCGUCGCCCAUCCGCGCGUCGUCACCCCUCUCGCCUAUCAACGACAACACUGUACGGCACACACAAUCCUCGCCUAUCCCUCAACCAAAAUUUAAAUACGCAUCAAGAGCUACGAGGCCGAAUCCAGUGGUCCGGAAACGUGAAGAGGCGCAGGAGAGCAGGCGGAAGCUGUUCCUCCAAAACGUGAGGCAGCGCGCGGAUGACCGUCAGUACCAGCGGCGGGAUAUGGAGGGCACUCUGUUGAAAUCUGACUGGGAUCGUGACAUGCGGCAACGGCAUUACGCCAAGCAAAUAGAAGGAGACGCAAUCUUCUCCGAAACAGAUAUCGAGGACGCGGCAUCCGUUCUUCAAGAGCGCUCGCAGCGCAUUCCUGAUGAUGCUGACGACGACAUGAUGGUUGAUGCAAUCGCCCAGGAGGAGCAGGACGAGCUCGACGCGUUAUUGCUUUCCUAUGACCAAUCAUCUGAUGCACAGCCCGAAUAUAGCUCCUCACAUACGACGCACUCGGAUCCAUAUGGCCUGUCGGACGACGAGGAUUACGAUGCAUUAUUCAUGAAUCUGGUAUCACAGGAAAGCGUUCAGUUGGAUGCGUCCUCUCAAGAUAUGGACAUGUCUUGA